AUGUCACCAACACAAAUAGAUCAAUCUCAUUCCACAUCAAAAGGUUAUGAAUAUGGAGAAAGAGGAUCACAUCAUAUUUCAUUAGGUGGGGCUCAUCCUUUCAAACCACCUACCUUCACAAAUAAAAAAGAUGAAAGAAAACAUAUGCUAGAACAUCUUGCAGCAGUUUUCAGAAUAUUUGGUCGUAAAGGAUUUGAUGAAGGUGAAGCAGGUCAUUGUUCAAUAAAAGAUCCUUUAGAUCCAACAACUUUUUGGAUAAAUCCCUUGGGAAUUCAUUUUAGUUUAAUUUCUGUAAAAGAUUUAGUUCAUUUAAAUCAUAAUGGAGAAAUUUUAUCAGAUGGUAAUCAAUCUCCAAUAAAUACUGCUGGAUUUGGUAUUCAUUCUGCAAUUCAUAUGGCAAGACCAGAUAUAAAUGCUGUUUGUCAUGCUCAUUCAAUUCAUGGAAAGGCAUAUUCAGCAUUUGGUAAACCCCUUGAAAUGAUUAAUCAAGAUUCUUGUAUUUUUUAUAAAAAUCAAGGUAUAUAUGAAACUUUUGGAGGUGUUGCAUUAGAUAAAAAUGAAGGUAUUGAAAUAGCAGAAGCUGCUGGUCCAAUUGUAAAAGCAAUGAUUUUAACUAAUCAUGGUUUAUUAACUAUGGGUAAAACUAUAGAUGAAGCAGCUUAUUUAUUUUGUUUAAUGGAAAAAACUUGUCAAAUUCAAUUAAUUGUUGAUUCAAUUGAUCCAAAAAUUAAACAAAAAAAAAUUAUACCCGAUGAAGAAGCUGAUUAUACUGCUUUUGUAACUAAUGAUUCUGAUACUAUGUAUGCUUCUUUUCAACCUGAAUAUAAUUUACAAUUGAAAUUAGAUAAAGGAGAUUUUUUAAAUUGA